AUUCCACCGAGGACAAUGCUUUCUGAUUAUAAGCUAACUGAUGAGGCAGAAGUCAGGGAAGCACUGAAUGGGUCCCCCGCUUCAGAAUGGCUUGCAAAUUCAUCCAACUAUGGCCACUACAGAGAUGAGUACAUAAGGUACCGCCACUAUGAGGACUUACGUGAAGCGGAAAGAGAAGAUCGAAAUCUCGUAGGGGCCAAUAUAAGGGUAGGAAACAUCUCUCCUCAGCCAUGGUCAGUGCGAAUACCAUGCUGGGCAGCCGAAAAUGGAAGUAAACUUGUGCGGAUACCGCGUGGGCAAGAUAGUCUUGAUCUACCAUUACCUGCUGGUGUGACACAUGUAACUGCUGAAGCUGCAACCGAGAUUUUGGAGCUGAAUGCUAGGUUGAAUGCCGUACUAUUUUCAACUUCAUUGGAAGCAAGCAUAGAGAUCAGUCGCCUACGGCAAGAGAUUGAGAAAUUGAAGAACACCUCGGGAACAACCAUUGCAAGUUCAGGUAUUGGUGAAGACGUCAUAGAUGAUGAUGCAGAACAUGAGUUUCGCACAAAAUUUAAAGCUGACCACCUAGGUAUAAAAGGAAAGACAAAAAUUGUGAUACCAGAAGAGCAUGAAGAAGAUGAGGAAGAGGAAGAAGAAGAGGAAGAAGAGGAAGAUGAAGAGGAAGAUGAAGACGAUGCUUGGAUCGACGAGACAGAGGUUGGGGAUGAGGAUGAGGAAGCCGAUGAGGACGAGGUUGGGGAUGAGGAUGAGGAAUCCGAUGAUGGCGGGGCCGCAGCUAAGGGUAAUCUGAAUGCAGAACAAGACUCCACACACCAAAAAGGCAAAGUUGAGAAAAGUCUUCGUUCACGUACCCCAAAGAGAAAGAAAACCAAGUAA